GCGCUCGGGGCGCCACAAUGCCGGGGCUCUUGGCUUUCUACUGCGCGUAGUUACCUCGAAUCAGCGUCUAACUAUUAUAUAUACAACUCUGGGUUGAUAUUUCUCAAUUCCCAUUCAAUAGGAACACUAAAGAACAUCUCAUCGGCAGGAGAGCCGGCCAGAGUGUUCAUGAGACAGGUGAAGGGACUUGUGGACUCCCUAUUGUGGCUGAGCAAAGCAGCCGUCCAGCAUAGACCGAGUGCUGAUGAAAAGACGGUUGAGAUGUGAUGUGUGUCCUGAGAAACCUGUCCUACCAGCUGGAGAGCGAGGUUGACCUACAGGACGGGGCGGAGGAUGUCCUGGACCGCGACUGGGAGGCCGAACAGAGGAGAGACCUCGAGGACUUCUCUGCAGCAAGACCGAAGAAGGCGUCGACCCCGGGAUGUCUGUCAAUGUGUACCCGCCCCAAGACCACGGACUCCGCCCGACAUUCCUCACCUCCCCCCGCCCAUCCCGACUCCAGAAGAAGCUAUGUCUCCAGACCGAGUGUUAUUGUCGACUUUGCCAACCCUGAUCCCUCAGUGUUCCCAAAGAGGAACAGACAGGUGCAGGGUGUGGCAUUGCUAUGGCAACCAGAGGUGGUGUUCCCCUACCUGGCGACCCUUGACCUCUACGGAGGGUGUGCGGACACUCUCGAGGCAGCUGCCGGUGCCAUUCAGAACAUCACCGCCUGCUCCUGGAAGUGGGCGGUGUAUGCGAGGAACAUGAUCCGAGCAGUGACAGGUCUGAGGGUGAUGGCCGAACUCCUCAACAACGGUCACGACGCAGUGGUGAGGGCCGGAGCCACUUGCCUCAGGAACCUCUCCACUGACCCUCGCAACAAGGCCAGCCUCGGAUCACUGGUGAUUCCAGCAAUCAUCCCUCGACUCCCGUUUGGUUCCAACCACCUCGGUAUAUCAGAGUCGACCACUGUAGCUUCCUGGUCCUCCUCAUGGAGGUCUGUGCCAACAGCGGUGACAACGCCAGAUUAUUCAGAGACAAAGAAGGCGUACCCUACCUCACAAGGCUAUCGAGAUCACGACAACACACGACAAAGAUUGUCUUUGCAGCCAACAAGAGCUCAAUCCUCUACUCGUACAAGGAGUGUAAGCCGUCCCUCAAGAGAGAGGGGUGGGAGCAGUCGGCCUACCUCCGCAUGCAGCGGGAGUACUCUGGUCACGUGGGGUGUGUAGUUUGAAUCAUCAGCGGAGCCACGUCUCUCGCGUUCCACCAACACAAGAAGAGGUCCAUGAAGGAGGACAAGAAGAGACGGACAGGGAGAGAGAGGGAGAGGGAGGAGAGCGAGGGAAGAGGGAGACAGGGGGGCAUGGUCGAGACGCCCCGACCCGAGGAACCACGCCCAUCAUCACUACGGAGGUCGCCCUCCCCUCAAGAACCCGGAUACCAGACAAUCUCCACGGCGACUGCUGCCACGGCAACUGCGAGAGUACACCCGUCAUCAGGAGCACAGCAAGCCCCCACCACAAUAUACCAGACGAUAGACGAGGUGGGAACCAGUGCCAGCAGCAGAGGGACCUCCCCCCUCCCUCCCCUCUCCUCCUCCUCCUAUGUCCAGCACGAGGGAGGGUCAGCCAGAGAGGUAUCUGCCUCCCCAGCUCGUGUCGCUGCGGGGGUAGACAGAGGAGGAGAGGGAGGAGAGGCUAGCGUCUCCUCAACCCCUCUCGUUCCGGAGGAAAUUGUGCCUGACCCCAAUGCCACAUAUGCUGCUGUGGAGCAGAUAAAGGAGAGAAAGCGGACCAGUCGGAGGGAGAAGGAGAGGCAAAAGAUAGAGCAAGAGCAGCAGGAACACCUCCAUCACCAGCCACCACCUCCGCUUCUCGAGGAGCCAUCAGACUCCUGGGUCUAGUAAUAUCGAAGACUGCAUUAGAAACACCCGCCAUCACCCGCCCAUUAUAGUGUGACUCACCAUUGCUAUAAUUAUGUAGUAUAUACUCUGGAGUAAGAGGAGAUAUUAUGUCGUGUGUAUGUACGUCAAUGUCUCACAUUUCAUUUCCCUGCAUGUAACAGUUGACAUGGGGAUGUUCAUUAUAGUACAACGUUACUAGUGUACUAGAUUACUUGGCAUUUUUGUGGUAGCACUAGUAAUACUAUAUACCUGGUUCUUUCUUCAUGUGAAUCAUAACAAAAGUCACGAGAGAAAAUGUGUUACUUGUAGUA